AUGAAUUCAAUAAAUAACAACAAAAUGCUCGAUGGACUAGAUUAUGAAGUAACUGGUACUAAAGACAAUCUUGUAGAUUUUGAUAUGAAAAUCACUGAUAAAAUUGAGCUACCAUUAUUGGUAAUUGUAAAAUAUUUACGAAACCAAAAUGGUUUAAAGCACAAAGAUUUUGCACAAUAUACACGGUAUUGUUCUAGAAAGCUUCACCGAUUAAGAUCUGGAUUAAAAAUGAAGUGUGGAAGAAGUAAAUUCCAAAAAAGUUACAAUGAAUGUGGUGACUACACAAGCCACAAACACUUAUUGCUACUUAUUCUUUUAAUUGAAAGGAAUUGGAGUACAGGAGCUGACCUAGGAUCUAGAACUAACAGUGCAAUUACAGAGCUAAAAACACCAAAUAAUAGAGGAAAAUUUUAUGAAAUACGUAAACUAAGGAGAGGAUGUAAAUUGUCUAACCUAUUAAUAGAAGUUGUCAAGAAUAGAUGUACUACUAGGAGCAUAGUUGAAGUUCAAGCCUAUCAGAGUUAUAUUCUUGGAAACUAUUAUCUCAAAUGUUCAAAUUGGGAGAAAGGUGCAAUUGAACUAAGCAAAUCUUUGAAACUUUAUCAACAACUUAAGCUAGAUUCUUCUAUAUUUGAAAAAUCUAACAUUUUUCCAGAUUUUAAUGUUUCCAAACAUUCUAAGGUAGAAUGCGUUCAGUUAUAUGAUGAUCAAAUAGUGGAAAUGGCACCACUCAUUAGACUUUGCUUGUACCAUUGUAAGCGUCUUGAUAUUUUGGUCCCUUGUUGCGAUAAUACAAUUAAUGAGCUAAAAAUAGGUGAUUCACUUGCUAAUAAUUCAAAUAUGAAAUUUUCUUACAAUGAUAAAGAAUAUUGCGUUCCGAUUUCAAAUUUGGAAAUAUUAUUAGUCGAGCUACACGAAAACUAUAAGGCAGUCAAGGAGUCAAUUCCUACUGAAGACACCGAGAAGAUUCUCAAACUUUCAAGCAAUGUGGUGAUUGAAUGUUUUUCUGAAACUUUAAUGUGUUCAACUACUUUAAGCAAUAAAAUUCACGAGGAAAUGGCAAAAGCUAGUGCAAAUAAUGAAACUACACUCAUAAGCAAUUACCAAUCAAAUGAUUGGAUUGCGUUUGAAUCGUAUGCCAGAGAAUUUAAUUCAUUUGUUUCUAUUGAGAGAGAUUUAAUAUUUGUCUUUCAACUAAUGGAAUACUUCAAUAAUCCUGAAUUCUACACAAAAUUAGUUUUUCUCCACGAUGAAAAUUGGGGAAAUAUAUCUAAUGAGCUUCAGAAUUCACUCUCAAAAAAAAUAAACUCCUUAAGAUACCCUGAAGAGGGAGUUCGCAUUUGUGACAUACUUAACUUCAAUAUUUCUGAAAUCACCUCGAAUAGUAAAACUAAAAAUACUACGGCUUUAGCAGAGAUACUGAAAGUAAUAAUUAACAAUUGCCGUAGCUUAUUCUUGUCACAUUGUUUUGGUCAGAAAAGAAAAUUUCAAGAGGCAUUUGUACUCUGUGACUUGGUAAAGUCACGUCUUGAAACAAAGGAAGCAGAUUUUAGCAAAAUUUAUUUAGACAAAGAUGAAAUAUUUCAAAGGAUUAUUACUUUAAUUAAAUAUAUUAAUCGCAAUCUCGAUGAUAUGGCAAAUAAGUCGUAUAAUAUUUACCUUUCAAAUGUUGCAAUUCAAGUAACAGAACAAAACAAAGCAUUAGAUUAUAAAAAUAUGAAUGAAAUCCUCGAUGGUGAAACUUUUAAUCCAAAAUUCCUCCCAAUUCAAGUAAAACCAAUAAUGUUCGAUAUUGCCUCAGACUUUAUUUCAUCUCCAGAUUUAUCAAGUAAAAUAAAGAAAAAUGGGUUAGUAAACAAAAUUUUCUCAAAGGCCACAUCCAAGUUUGGACUAUUUAAAUAA